CGAAAAUGCGGAGUUUCUAAGUUUUAAUCCACGCGCUUUGGCGCACUUCGCUCCCUCUGCAAUAAUAGUAAUAAUUUAGAAUUCAAUUACUAAAACAAAAUAUUAAUUAAACAUCCAGAAUCGAGAUGGGAUCUUUUCUUUAGAAUUUCGAUCGCUGGGAGAAAAACGUAAUUCAAUCUCGUCUCAAUUUCGAAGGAUCUGAAGUCCUAAGAUUGUUCGAUUUUAGGGUUUGAGAUCCUCAGCCAUGGAUCUCACUGUCGCUGAUUCGAGAUUCAGAUUCCUUCAUGUCGCCUUCUUUCUCCUCAUCCUCGUCGUCUCUGCAUCGUCUCAGGGUUUGGAGCUUGAGACCGCUGAGAAUGCCUCGGUGGAGUCGACGACGAGGCCUUUAGAUCGCCGCACGAAAAUGUUUCUACAUGCGGUGAAGAAGAAAGUUUCUAAGAGUAAAGAAAGCGUUCUUGAUUUGGGAGAAACUGGUCUAGGGAUUUUCGAUGCAUUCUUUGCAAGUUUCUCAAUGAUUUUAGUCAGUGAGAUUGGAGAUGAGACUUUUAUAAUUGCGGCUCUUAUGGCAAUGCGGCAUCCGAAAUCGACUGUUCUGUCUGGUGCCCUUAGUGCACUCGUUGUGAUGACAGUAUUGUCAACUGGGCUUGGUAGGAUUGUACCAAAUUUGAUAUCAAGGAAGCACACAAAUAGCGCAGCUACAGUUCUCUAUGCAUUCUUUGGGCUUCGACUGCUAUAUAUUGCUUGGAGGUCUGAUUCAAAGGCAUCACAGAAAAAGGAGAUUGAAGAGGUGGAAGAAAAGCUGGAGACAGGGCAGGGGAAAUCAACACAUCGCCGCUUCCUUUCCAGAUUUUGUACACCGAUAUUUUUAGAGUCGUUUAUUUUGACGUUCUUGGCUGAAUGGGGUGACCGUAGCCAGAUAGCAACAAUUGCGCUCGCUACACACAAGAAUGCAGUUGGAGUUGCAGUAGGAGCAACGAUAGGGCACACAAUUUGCACAUCACUUGCAGUCAUCGGAGGGAGCAUGUUAGCUUCCAAGAUCUCACAAGCCACUGUUGCAACUAUUGGUGGUUUGCUAUUUUUGGGGUUCUCUUUAUCUUCAUACUUCUAUCCUCCAUUGUGAUUCCUAAUUGUAUGGGAGGCUUAGUUGUACUAGGUCAUCCCAGUUUUGUUGCAAGUUUAUUUGCUAUUUUUUUCCUUCUUCUUUUUCUGCGCAAGAAAAUGAGUUUUACUGCUCAUUUCAGUGUCUAAUUCUUUUGAUGUAUAAAUACACAUGUUCACUGGGGUACAGUUUGCUUAAAAUGAUAUUGUUGUAUGUAUAAUAGAUGCAACUGAAUGAUCCCUUUUCUCUUGACUCACAAUUUAUGCAAAUUGUUUA